UCACAACAGAAAGAGCAGAGGAAGAUUAGAUUGGCCUUUCUACGGUUUAUGUUACAAUAUAGCCUAGCAUUUUCAACUCAUACAUUACAUGUCACAUCCUGAUGUCACGUGUCAUUACGGGACCUUUACGGGUUGUGUGUGAACACACACACAGAUUCCGGGAAAUCACUGGCAGUGUGAAUGAACCAAAAUCUAACGAUCCGGGAACAAUUGUGAAAGGGUCUUUACAGACACGCAAACAGACAGACAGACAAAUAUUGUUCCUUCAUUUUUUAGUUACUUUCAUAUUUUAUCAAGGUAUCACACCUACUUUUAUUUAUAACUCUAGUUGAUAAACAGGCUAUUCACAUGACUUAAAGCGGAGAAUCAUUCUAUUCUUCACAUAGUGACAAUAAAACACAGACAGUAUUUGAGUGUUUGCAUGUGACAGACACAAAGUCAGGUUCUUCAUUUAGAAUUUAGAAUUCUGUUCAAUUAUUCAAUUAUUCCUCUAUUGUUUUCUAGACUCAGUUUCUGGGAACUUUCCGUGUGAUGAAAUGGGAUAAUGACUCGUCUAACAGGAUGGAGAUUAUGAUCACUGCCAACAGUGAUAACAAUGGAAACAUGAGUGAUACGGAGGUGAGGAGGAGCGUCCCGGUGCAGUUCGCCGUUGAUCUGGCGAUCAGUCUAGUGGCUGAAGACUCUGUGACGUAUAUGAACUUCUCUCUGGAGGACAGAGGUCCAAAACCUCUCAACAUCACCUACAAGGUGGAGAAUAGUGGUCGUAAAGAUCUGCCGGUGUCAGUCACGCUCACCCUGCCCUGUCAAACUCCACAUGUGAUUUUAACACCUCACACCUUCAGCAUGCAUGAGAACUCAGUGCUGUGCAGCAAGUCAGAUCCACAGGAUGGUCACUGCGGGAAGUUUGAGUGUUCUCAGUUUGAUCUGAAGAAAUCUUCAGCAGUUCACUUCAACCUGACAGCAGACGCAAGACUCCAGAACGUGAAAGAAUACGAGAGCAAAUAUUCCUUCUACGAGUUCAGGAAAGAUAAUGUGUUCAGUAUCAGCGCUGAGCUCAACUACAACACAAGGCUCUACAACCAGACGUCAAGCGAACUGAAGUACAAUCCCCACAGAUCCCAGACUGAGGUGAAGGUGGAGUUUGUCGUUUCCUCCCAGUCUAAUGCUGAUUGUCUGCACUGGUGCAGUGGGCGGGUUCUUCUUCCUCAUUAUCAUAUUGUUCCUUCUGCUGAAGAAGUGUUGAACAGUGCGUUAAUGGGAGCAGCGUCAUACCACACACCAGAGGAGCAUCGUGUCAUUUAA